GCCCUGCCUGCAAGUGCUCACUGCGGCGAUGACGGCGCCGGCCUUUCUUCUCUCCUCUCCCUGAACGCUAUGAGCUCGUCCUACCCAAUAAUCGACUCAUCACCAGUCGUCCCGCGCGUCCUCUCAUCCUGCCCGCAAUGCAGCGCCCCCGUCGAGUUCGCGGUGCCCGCGCCGCCGCCGCGCCCUGCGACGGUGCUUAGUAUCCGGUGUUACAAGUGCCAGAAGACGUUCAGCCAUGCGUUUUACCCGACGCAGGUCCAUAAUGCUAGUGCCAUGGCCAGUGGGAGUGGCGGUGGCGGGCGCACGACGAGUUUCUCGGGGAUGGGGGGGAUGGGGAGGAAGGGGAGGAAGAUCGGGACGCAGGAGAAGCCGCUCGAGACGAGGUAUUAUGAUAUCCUCGGCGUGCCGGUGGAUGCGAGCACGGACGAUAUCAAGAAGGCGUACAGACGGCUCGCGAUCAAGCUGCACCCGGACAAGAACCCGAACGACCCCGGCGCGGAGGAGCGCUUCAAGGAGCUCGCGAUUGCGUACCAGACGCUCUCGGACCCCGCACUGCGCAAGAAGUACAACGAGUUCGGGCCGAAGGAGAGCGCGCCCGAGGGCGGGUACGUCGACCCCGAGGAGAUAUUUGGCAGCAUCUUCGGCGGCGACCGCUUCGUGCCCAUUAUCGGGCACAUCAGCUUGGCGCGCGAUAUGAAGGCGGCGAUGCAGGAGGCGGACGAGGAGCCCGAGGGGCAGGUGGUGGUGGACGCGAAGGGGCGCCCGGUGCUAAGCCCCGAGGAAAAGGCGAAGAAGGAGGAGAAGGCGAGGAGGGAUGCGCUGGAGAAAGCGGCGGCAAGGAAGGAGCGGGUGGAUAAGCUGGUCGAGAAUUUGGAGAGGAAGCUGGGGAUAUUUACGGAGAGUGCGACGGGUCCGAGUGAUAGGGAUGUGUUGAGGAGUUGGAGGGAGAUAUGUGCCCUGGAAGCUGAGGAUUUGAAGCGUGAAUCUUAUGGCGUCGAACUGUUACAUGCCAUUGGCGGCGUGUACGUCUCCAAGGCCAAAACUCACAUAGCUAGCAAUCAGACCUUUAUGGGUGUCGGUGGCUGGCUACAUAAUGUCCAGGGAAAGUACCAUGUCUUCAGCGAGACCGUAUCUACAUUACGCUCUGCUAUCGAGCUUAAAGGCGUUUUCGACCAAAUAGCAGCGGCGGAGAAGGCAGGAAACCUGAGUCCGGAGGAGAGGAAGCGGCUGGAAGAGCAAGCAGCCGAGAAAGGCCUCCAGGCUCUUUUCAAGGGCGCGAAGCUCGAAAUCGAAUCCGUACUGCGCGAAACCUGCGAUCGCGUCCUUUCCGACCCGUCUAUCCCUCGUGCCAAGGCGGAGUUGCGAGCGGUCGCGCUGCAAAUCCUUGGAGAGGCGUAUCUCAGCGUCAAGAAGGAAGGCGAGGAGGGAAGAGAGGAGAGUGAGUAUGUGAAGGUGGAUACGAGACAGAGUCGGGAGAGGGAGUCGAUCCGGUCGCAACCGCGGUGAUGAGGUGUAGGCGAGGGACGUUGGCUCUGUAGCAUAGUUAUCUCCGUUGCUUAAUUUUGUACCCAUAGCGUUGCUGCGUGCUGGACUAUUUAGUGGGGGAUAUUCGUGCGGAGGGGGUUCCCCCGGCUCGAAGGAAUCCGUGGCGAAUCCAGUUCAGGUC